GACAUUUAAACACUCAAAAUUGGAUUCUGGGUAUAAUAUUGACUCUGUGUAAUCUCACAAGUUCAACAACCACAGUGUCAGUCAGUGUGUUUUGGGCCAGAUGUUGAUCGUAAUUGAGAGGAUCAUACCAAUUGUGGAUUGAUCGUAAAUGAGAUCAAUCACAUUUAUAACAUUUUCAGGUAAUAACUUUACACAGGUUUUUUUACUACAAUUUCAAGUCUUAAAUCUGUCAUAAAUGUUCCAAUAAAAGAAAAAUUAACAAAUAAAUACAUGCUUUUUCUACCUGUAAGGAAUUCACCUGUACACUUGUGUCACUUUAUAACAGUAACAAGUGUGUGAUUAUUACACACAGAGCUUCCAGUUAAAGGUUGGACACUAGGACCCGGGGGUUUGGGAUUCAGCCUUCAGAGCGUUGUCGGACUCAGUUCGGCGUCGCUAUAGCAACCAGACGCUUUGUAAACGAACGCUGAAGGAGUAUCGGGAAAAAAAGUUCUGCAGAGGUUCUUCAUAUUUAUCACCACUUUCACCAUCACCAUCACCAUGCCGCUUCUGAUCACAGAUCACACCUGGACCCAGAGCGAGAGCGCGGUGUUUCUCCGAGUGCCCUUAAAGGCGGUUAAACCGGCCAAAGUGGACGUUCUGUGCGCGGAGGAGUAUCUGAAGGUCAGCUUUCCUCCGUUCCUGUUUGAAGUCUUCUUCUUCGAGUUAAUAGAGGUAGAGAAAAGUGUGGCCAAAAUCGGAAACGGGGUCGCACUUUUCACGCUGCCCAAAAAGAACCCGGGCCACUGGGAGCAGCUCGGUGUGAACAUCGAUAAAGACAAACAGAGAGAGAUUCGAGAAAGGGCCAUCAUCAGAUCCCACAUCAAGGCGAAAGAGAAAGAGGAAGCCAAAGCCCUGAGGAUUCAUCAGGAGAGGAAGUACACACUGGAGACCAUGAUGAAGAUGGAGGAAGAGGAGCGAAUGAGAAUCCAGACGAUGAAGGAUGAAGAGUGUGCGCGAGCCGUAAAGGAGCUGGAGUCUUGGAAAGAGAAGAAAAAAGAAGUGGAAAAGGAAGAAGAGGCUCAAAGAAGGUUGCAGGACACAGACGUGCAGGAAACAAAACAAAUUCAUCAACAGAGGAAACCUGAGACGGUUAUAACACCUGUACAACCUCAACAACACCUGAGCAGGGCUCAAGGUGAGAAGAUAAGCAGCGGGAAGAAGUCCAGCAGCAGAGCAGAUCUUCCUGCUCCAAGAUCAGCGGGUUGCAUUAAGGUCAGCUUCACUCCUCGCGUCUUCCCAACGCCCACUCGAGAGUCGCGCAUGCCAGAGGAAGAGGAGUGGCUCAGGAAGCAGGCCGAGGCGAGACGAGCAAAGAACGCCGAUCUUGCUGAACUGGAUGAUCUGACGGAGGAGGAGAGAAACCCUGAUUGGCUCAAGAAUAAAGGAGAUAAAUUCUUUAUGUUGGGGAACUACCAAGCCGCGCUCAAUGCCUACGACCUGGCCAUUAAACUAAACCGCCAGAUUGCCGCUCUGUUCUCCAACCGAGCAGCUUGUCACCUGAAGCUGAGAAAUCUCCACAAAGCCAUCGAGGACAGUUCUCAGGCUCUGGAGCUGCUCAUGCCGGCCGUCUCAGGGAACGCGAAAGCCCGGAUGAAGGUCCACGUGAGGAGAGGAACUGCUUUCUGUCAGCUCGAGCUCUACGUGGAAGGCCUUCAGGACUACCAGGCUGCUCUCAGGAUCGAUCCACAGAACCAGGCUCUGCAGGCAGAUGCCCAGAAGAUCCGGGAGAUCAUCCAAGGCACCGAGGCGAACUCAAAUUGAGUCCCGGUAUCUGUGAGAGAUCAGGGGGAAGUCUGUUAUGAUGAUUCCCAACCUUGUGUAACAAUGUUUUUGUGUUUUGUAUUGUGCAUCAUGUUCUUGUUAUAAAUCUGUGUGAUUUCAGUGUGUUUGUUUUGGGGAUCGGAUCUGAUCCUCAAAAGCUCAUCUGAUCUCAUAAUAAAA